GGGAGGAAGUGCUCGGCGGGCUGCUCACACCCGGGGCGGCCGCCGCCAGUGCUCCGGCGGGGUGAGGCCAUGGAGGCGGUGCCGCCGCUCUACCGGGUGGCGGGGACCGCGGGGCCGCAGGGAGAUGAGGAUCGGCUCGGGGUCCCCGACGGGCCCGGGGCUCCGCUGGACGAGCUGGUGGGCGCGUACCCCAACUACAACGAGGAGGAGGAAGAGCGCCGCUACUACCGCCGCAAGCGCCUCGGCGUGCUCAAGAACGUGCUGGCGGCCAGCGCGGGCGGCACGCUCACCUACGGCGUCUACCUGGGCCUCCUGCAGAUGCAGCUGAUCCUGCACUACGAUGAGACCUACCGCGAGGUGAAGUACGGCAACAUGGGGCUGCCCGACAUUGACAGCAAGAUGCUGAUGGGCAUCAACGUGACGCCCAUCGCCGCUUUGCUCUACACACCUGUGCUCAUCAGGUUUUUUGGCACCAAGUGGAUGAUGUUCCUGGCUGUGGGCAUCUAUGCCCUCUUCGUCUCCACCAACUACUGGGAGCGUUACUACACACUCGUGCCCUCAGCCGUGGCCCUGGGCACGGCCAUUGUGCCUCUAUGGGCCUCCAUGGGCAACUACAUCACCAGGAUGGCUCAGAAGUACUACGAGUACGCCCACUAUAAGGAGCGGGAUGAGCAGAGCCCCCAGCAACGCCCGCCACGGGGCUCCCACGCGCCGUAUCUCCUGGUCUUCCAAGCAAUCUUCUAUAGCUUCUUCCAUCUGAGCUUCGCUUGUGCCCAGCUGCCCAUGAUCUACUUCCUGAACCACUACCUGUAUGACCUGAACCACACACUCUACAACGUGCAGAGCUGCGGUACUAACAGCCAGGGCAUCCUCAUCGGCUUCAACAAGACCGUUCUGCGGACGUUACCACGGAGCGGAAACCUCAUUGUGGUGGAGAGUGUGCUCAUGGCGGUGGCCUUCCUGGCCAUGCUGCUGGUGCUGGGCCUGUGCGGCGCCGCCUACCGGCCCACUGAGGAGAUCGACCUGCGCAGCGUGGGCUGGGGCAACAUCUUCCAGCUGCCCUUCAAGCACGUGCGCGACUUCCGCCUGCGGCACCUCGUGCCCUUCUUUAUCUACAGCGGCUUCGAGGUGCUCUUUGCCUGCACUGGUCUCGCCCUGGGCUAUGGUGUGUGCUCAGUGGGGCUCGAACGCCUGGCCUAUAUCCUCGUGGCUUACAGCCUGGGCGCCUCGGCCUCCUCGGUCCUGGGCCUCCUGGGGCUGUGGCUGCCACGUGCGGUGCCCCUGGUGGCUGGGGCCGGACUGCACCUGCUCCUCACUCUCGGCCUCUUUUUCUGGGCCCCCGCACCCCGGGUCCUGCAACACAUUUGGAUCCUCUACGUAGCAGCUGUCCUCUGGGGUGUGGGCAGUGCCCUCAAUAAGACCGGGCUCAGCACACUCUUGGGAAUCUUAUAUGAAGACAAAGAAAGGCAAGACUUCAUUUUCACCAUCUACCACUGGUGGCAGGCCGUGGCCAUCUUCGCUGUGUACCUGGGCUCAAGCCUGCCCAUGAAGGCCAAGCUGGUGGUGCUCCUGCUGACUCUGGUGGCGGCCGCGGCCUCGUACCUGUGGAUGGAGCAGAAGCUGCAGCGGGGCGCGGUCCCGCGCCAGCCCCGCAUCCCGCGGCCGCAGCACAAGGUGCGCGGCUACCGCUACCUGGAGGAGGACAACUCCGACGAGAGCGACGCGGAGGGCGAGCGCGGCGGCGGCGGCGGCCCGGCGGACGGCGUGGAGGAGGAGGCGCCGCCCGCGGGGCCCCGGCCCGGCCCCGAGCCAGCCGGCCCCUGCCGCCGGCCCUGCCCCUACGAACAGGCCCUGGGAGGCGACGGGCCCGAGGAGCAGUGAGGGGCCCAGCCUACUCGCCGGCCUCGGUUUACCUUGUCUCGGGGUGGGGGUGAGGGGGAGGUUGUGACUGCGCCAUCUCCAGGAAGGACCUUCUCCCCGGAACGCAGGUUCCAGAACGUCCCACGGGAGCGGCCCCGUGGCCCCUCCUACGCGGUGUGGAGCUUUAAGACCCCUGGGCCCGGCCGAGGGUUGGAGACACAGCACAGCUGACUCUCCCCCGCUCCGGGGCCGCUCUCCACGACCCCUGCCCAGGUCGGAGAGGGGACGGAGGUCCUCCAGCCGCAGCGCCCCCCCCCCCCCCCGGUCCCGCCCCAGCGCACCUCUCCGCUCGGGCCUCGGCAGGGUGUGUCGCGCGCUUUGCACAUCUUAUCCCCGCGGUCCGUCAAGAGGCACGACUUUUUUUUAUAGAAAAUGAGAAAUAAAGAGGUUUU